AUGUCUGGAUCUGGAUACGACGCGGUGGUGGACGUGGAUGACGAGGGCGACCUGGGACACACUGAUCUUCAAGAAGAUCUCGAAUUCCACACUUCCAAUUUCAACGACACAUCCCACGGCGGCCGCAAAGGUGCUCCGUCAACCCUUCCUCCUCCUGUCACGGCCUCAACAGGGGCAUCCUCAUCGAAACGAUUUCUUUGGUCCAUAUCCUUCUAUUCACAGUUCUUCGAUGUCGACACAACAGCUGUCCUGUCGCGAUGUUGGGCGGCGCUCUAUCCUCGAGCGAAUUUCCUCGACGUUCUUGAGGGUAACCCCGAUUUGUACGGGCCGUUUUGGAUUGCGACGACUGUAGUGUUGAUUCUGUUUUUGGGAGGCACAAUCAGCGACUGGUUAUCGACGAGGGGCACCGCGCAGUUUGCAUAUGACUUUAGGUUGUUGAGUGGUGCUGCGGGUCUGGUCUACGGAUACACUCUAUUUAUCCCCGUAGCCCUCUUCCUCGCCCUCCGCUACUUUGGCAGCGAGUCUGCCAAUCUUCUCGAAUGCUGGGCGCUGUACGGCUACUCUAAUCUCAUUUGGAUACCAGUUGCAAUCAUCAGCUGGUCGCCUAUUGAAAUUCUGAACUGGACCUUUGUUGCCGUUGGCUUCGGUCUUUCGGUUGCGUUCCUGCUACGCAACUUGUAUCCCGUACUCAGUGCUACAGACCGCCAGGUCAGCAAAGUGCUGCUGAUUAUUGUUGUCAUCUUGCACGCAGGGUUGGCCAUCACCAUCAAGAUCCUCUUCUUCGCGCACAACAGCCCAGCCGUGAAGAAACCUGCUGGUGACGAUAAGCCCGCGGGCGACAAGCCAGUAUUUCUAUUCUAA